GCUGGACCGCGCACGCUGACGUAACAAGAAGCCUCGCCUACUACCGCAACCUGGAGACAGGCACCACCCAGUGGAAGUUCCCAGGCGACGUCAACAACGAACCAUGCUGCGCUCGGCAGCUAACCGACCAGAACAUCGAGGCCUUCAGCAUCAACAAGGACGGCUGCUUCUACCACAGCGUCAGGCCGAUGUACCCUCCAUCCCUCACCGACCACCCUCCUACACCAACGCACCCAGUGAAACGAGAGCAGGCCGACAAGGUCAACCAGGACUGCGAGCCAUUCCUAAUCUUCGGCAACAACAUGCUCGCG